UAAUGUGCCAAGGGGUACCCUCCUGUUCAUUUGAAAAGCCGGAGCACAUACGCCACCGCGUCACUUUGCAGGCGGAGAUAAGCCUGUCUUCAUCUCUGUGUCUUUGCCUGUCUCAAUCAGUCCACCCCUCUUUGGUCUUCCUGGUUCUGAUCACUUUUGUACUCAGAGCCAGCUAUGCAAGCAACAAGGGCUCCGGCCAUUAGCGUGUGUGCAGAGAGCAGCAUCCCAGCCGGUCUAAGGAUAGGGCCGGUGCCGGGCGUCUUCAAAUUAGGAAAGUACAUGUCAGAUCGCAAGGAGCCUGGGCUCAAAAAAAAGAUUCGGCUGUUGCGGGGCGAUUUUGUGGAUGAAGCAGGGAGCCCUGUCCCGGAGUGGAUAGGGUUAAUCCGAGCAGCCAGAAACUGUCAGGAGCAGAAUCUCGAAGCUACCGCCGAUCUCCCCGGAGGACAGAUUGUUUACAGAGCUUUGAGAGACAUACAACCCGGAGAGGAAUUGGCUGUGUGGUAUUCUAAUAGCCUGGCUCAAUGGUUUGAUAUCCCUACUACAGCGACUCCUACACACGACGAAAAAGGAGAUGAACGCUACAUCUGCUGGUAUUGUUGGAGAAUAUUCAAAUAUCCCAACACACUGAAAGCGCACAUUCACUUUCAGUGUGCUUUAAGCAAUGGAAGGGCCUUCAUGAGCAGCGAGCAAGUCAGGAACUCUGAAAAUUCAAACAGGUCUCCCAAAUCAGGCGACAUACCAAAUACGUCCGCGCAGAUGAGAAACGGCCAUAGCCAUAACCCCGCCAGCUCUGACAACAUUAAACGGACAGCAUCAUCCUCCCCGUUUUUAAACAAAACGGGAAUUAGCAAGAAAACGUCGAGUUCCGAGGAGCAGGAUAGAGCGCUAGACAUGAGCGUCACUUCCGCAAGAAACCACGGACACCUCCUAGGCCUGGGUGGGACCUCCUCUGUACUGAACAGCAUGGGGUUUCACCCUGGAGUGAGGUCGGCUUUUAAACCAACGGGGCUAUCAAAACUCCCUCCCUCGGAUGUAUCCAGAGAGGAAGGUAAUGUAAAACCAAAUGGACUGGGCUUUAGUAAACUUUUAGGCAACAUCAAAUCCACACGCACAUCUAGUGACCCCUUAGUUGGCAAUCACCCUUCGAAAUGUGUGCACCCUGUUGAUUCCACGUCACCGGUGUUGCCAUGCAGUAACAACAUCCGUGGGUUUCCAUUACUGCCGCACUUUGAGGAAACGUCUGCUUUUAAACACGUGGAGAGCCGUCUCCACGCCGGGCUGUCUCCAUCACGCUACUCCCAGAUUUCCUCUGGUUUCCAUUUUGAACGGUUUUCUAUCCCCCAGUUCGAUGGGGUUAAGCCCUACGGCGGAGACUGCAACAUCCCGAUCAUGCCCUUUACAGUCUACAACGGGGAACUGCUCUACAGUUCUCCUUAUUACCCACUCAAAUUCCAUUUCAGCAAUCUGAUCAAGUAUCCGGAGUCCAUGUCCUAUUUUGGUACUCCAGCCCUCAACCCAGAUUUGAGUUCCAUCGCGAACAUCGACAGGGAGAUUGCCAUGCACACUCAACAGCUUUCUGAAAUAGCCGUUGAAAAGAACCGGGCCAGAUUAGAGUCAAUGCCCACGACAACAUCUGCGUCGGGAAAGCCUAAAAAAGGUCACCUCUGUCUAUACUGCGGCAAACUUUACUCUCGGAAAUAUGGCCUCAAGAUACACAUGCGGACUCAUACAGGUUACAAGCCGUUGAAGUGCAAAGUCUGUUUCCGACCCUUUGGGGACCCCAGCAACCUGAACAAGCACAUCCGGCUCCACGCCGAGGGCAACACUCCUUACAGGUGUGAAUUCUGCGGGAAGGUUCUGGUUCGACGAAGAGAUCUGGAAAGACACGUUAAAUCGAGACACCCUGGACAAACAAUCAAAAAGAAUGAGGACAAAAUGGAGAACAUUUUUCAAGACCAGGAGCAAAAGAGCGACAACAGCAACGACAGUGAUGUGGAUGUGUGCUUCACGGACGAUCAAAGCGACCAAGAAUCUAGCAAAAAUAAAGACUAACAAGACACUAAGCAUUAAAAAAAAACUAGUUUUACAACACAAGCAAACUCUUAUUUAUAUAUACAAAUGAGAUCUCUAUUUAUGUUACUGAAUCAGUAAAAACAAAAACAAAACAGGCAUCACAGUGUGGGGAAGAGUGUGAAAGUGCCUCUGCAAAAACGACUUGCAAAAUGUUCUUUUGAUUGUAUCGUAUAUUUAUAAACUGUUAUUUUAUGGAAAUUGUUGUUUUCUUUCUAUGUUUCCAAAACUGUGUUUUAAAGUAGACUGUAUGGUCAAAUCUGGGGCGCAUAUGCAUUUCUUUUUUAAAUACUUAGUAUUUUUAAAUAUCUGAUAUUUGUUCUGCAUACUGUACGUCUUUUUUUCCCUGAAUGAAUAAUCACUCAUCUAACUCUUGCAAUAAAUAUAAUGAGUAUAGUUCUACGAAUCUUUCAACCAAAUAGCUGCACUUUAAGGGUAAUAAAUGCAGAAACUAAUCUGCACCAAACCACAGUCUGAAAGCUAACAAACUUUUUGUAGUUGUUGUUAUUUAAAUACCGUGCCUUUAGAAUAUACAAUCCCUUCACAUAUUCCAUGAAAAAAAAAAUCUUGGGAUGUGAUGAUCCCGACUUUUAUUUCGACUUUUUAAAUUGAUUUGUAUUUUCAAAUGGCGUAGUUUUUACACGAUGUACAGCCAAAAUAAUUAUGUUAUUGACAUUUCUACGGAUUGGUACAAUCAUAGAAUCAAGAGAAAUGUAAAUGUAGGCACGACCAGUCUUCAUAUUUGCAAUUGUUUAAAAUAUAUAUUGUUUGAUGUUUGUAAAGUAGGUACAAUGCAGAGCAUGAUUUUUAAAGCACGGGAGUAAAUGUAAAAAAAUAAAUAUCAAUUACUGUUCAGUAGGAUAUGUGGUGUAUGUUUGUUAAAAUGAACAUUGUAUACGAGCUGUUAUCUCCUCUUGUUUAAA